AUGGAAAGAAAUAAUCACACUGUGGUUACAGAGUUUGUGUUUUUGGGACUCACCAAUUCUUGGUAUAUGCAGCUUUUCAUCUUUCUAUUCUCUUCUGUGUUUUAUGUGGCAAGCAUGAUGGGAAACUUCCUGAUUAUUCUUACAGUGACUUCUGACCCUUGUUUACAUUCACCCAUGUACUUCCUGCUGGCCAACCUGUCCUUCACUGACCUAGGAGUUUCUUCUGUUUCUUCCCCCAAGAUGAUAUAUGACAUUUUCAAAAAACGUAAGGUCAUAUCGUUCUCUGGCUGCAUCACUCAGAUGUUCUUUAUUCACUUGAUUGGUGGUGUUGAAAUGGUAUUGCUUAUAGCCAUGGCCUUUGACAGAUAUGUUGCCAUAUGUAAGCCUCUCCAUUAUUUGACUAUUAUGAGUCCAAGGAUGUGUGCUAUGUUCCUGGUGGCUGCUUGGAUCAUUGGCUUCAUCCACUCAGUGAUCCAGCUGGCUUUUGUUGUUAAUCUGCCAUUUUGUGGCCCUAAUGAAUUGGACAGCUUUUAUUGUGACCUCCCUCGGUUCAUCAGACUUGCUUGCACACAUACAGAUAGAUUAGAGUUCAUGGUCACUGCCAACAGUGGCUUCAUUUCCUUGGGUUCUUUCUGUAUCUUGAUCAUCUCCUACAUUUUCAUCCUAGUAACUGUUCAGAAGAAUUCUUCAGGUAGUUCUUCCAAGGCUCUCUCUACUCUGUCAGCUCAUAUCACUGUUGUGAUUUUGUUUUUUGGUCCCUUGAUCUUUUUUUAUAUCUGGCCAUUCCCCACAUCACACUUGGAUAAGUUUCUUGCCAUUUUUGAUGCAGUUCUUACUCCUUUUCUCAAUGCAGUCAUUUAUACACUGAGAAACAAAGAGAUGAAGAUGGCAAUGAAAAAAGUGUGUAAUCAGCUUAUAAAUUUCAAGAAAAUUUCUUAA